AUGGCGAAAAGCGGCGAGUCCACGGUGGAGGUUGCGUCCUCCAGCUCCUCUCCUCUUACUCCCGCUUCCGCGUCGGCUACGAGGCUGAAGGCGAAACACCGUAUGGAGAUCGAGGGGUACCCAGUGGAUGGCGUCUCCAUCGGCGGCCAAGAGACCUGCGUCAUCUUCCCGACGCUGAGCCUCGCCUUCGACAUCGGCAGGUGCCCGCAGCGCGCCGUCUCGCAGGAGUUCCUCUUCGUCUCCCACGGGCACCUGGACCACAUCGGGGGCCUUCCCAUGUACGUGGCCACGCGGGGGCUCUUCAGGCUGCGUCCGCCCACCAUCUUCGUCCCGGCGUGCCUCCGGGACCUCGUGGAGCGGCUCUUUGAGGUGCACCGCGCCAUAGACCAGUCCGAGCUCAACCACAACCUGGUCCCCCUCGAGGGGUAUGUGAUAUACUCGGUGAAGCAGAAGCUUAAGCAGGAGUUCGUUGGCCUACCAGGGAGCGAGAUCAAGCAGCUCAAGCUAUCAGGUGUGGAGAUCACUAAUACGGUGUCCACCCCUGAAAUUGCUUUCACGGGAGAUACAACAGCAGAUUUCAUUCUUGAUCCGGAUAAUGCAGAUGUGCUGCAGGCAAAAAUUCUUGUUGUGGAGAGUACUUUUCUAGAUGACUCCAUUUCAGUUCAGCAUGCAAGAGAAUAUGGGCACACACAUUUAUCUGAGAUAGCAAGUCAGUCCGACAAUCUUGGAAACAAAGCUAUUCUACUGAUCCACUUUUCUGCUCGUUAUACUACAGAGGAAAUUGAUGUGGCAAUAAACAGAUUGCCACCGUCUUUCCGUAGCAGAGUUUAUGCCUUGAAGGAAGGCUUCUAA